UUUUCUCGGGUGGCGCUGUCACUCGCACGUGUUUUGUUUUGUUUUGGGAGUCGCGUGGUUCAUCCGUAUUAUUUUCCGCAAUGUCCCAAUUUAAGCACCUAAAUUCGCGUCACUACACGGCUAGCAGAGAUGCCAAGAUCACGCCUGAUCACAUCUACUGGAGGAGACUUGGAGUUCCAGUGUUGGUGAAGGAGUUCGGCACGAUAGACUACAUCGACUUCAGUCCAGUGGAGCCCUACUAUUUUGCCGUGACGUGCUCGGUGCGAGUGCAGAUUUACAACCCCAUCACGAAGCUGGUGGUGAAGAAUCUAUCGCGCUUCCAGGAAAGUGCGUACGGCGGAACAUUUCGGAAUGAUGGGAAGUUGCUCGUGGCGGGAGAUGAAGAGGGUCUAGUGAAGCUCUUCGAUGUGUCCAGCAAGAAUAUCUUGAGGCUGUUCAAGGGACACAAAGGAGCUGUUCAUCGGGCUGCGUUUGUGCAAGAUUCCCUCCACAUAAGCAGCUUUUCCGACGAUAAGACGGUGAAGGUGUGGGAUUUGUCCACUGAGAAGGUGGUGAACGAGUUCUCAGGACACACAGACUACGUGAGAGCGGGAUGUACGAGUCCUGUGUCGCCACAUUUGCUGAUAUCAGGCGGAUACGAUCACAUGGUCAGAAUGUACGACACGAGAACGGCCAACAAUCAGGUUUUGGAGGUCAAUCACGAGAGUCCCGUGGAGUCCGUGAUUUAUCUGCCCAGUGGCGGCGUCUUUGUUACCGCCGGAGGAACGGAUAUCAAAGUCUGGGACGCGAUGGCUGGUGGAAAACUCUUGGCACGCAUUGCUCAGCACCACAAGACAGUGACUUGCCUGAAAUUGGCCAACAACGGUCGUCGCCUGCUAUCCGGAAGCCUCGAUCACAACAUAAAAAUCUACGAUGUGUCCAAUUACGAGUUCGUGUACAACAUCAACUACCCAAACAGCGUGCUCAGCAUGGGAAUAUCAGCCGAUGAUGAGACACUCGUGGCUGGCAUGGUGGAUGGUCUUGUGUCCAUUCGACGAAUGGAGAGUGAGAAAGCAGAUAAGGACCAAGAGCUUGAUGCUACCGAUCGUGGAGUGCGAAAAGGACGAUUGGAUCACGUUGACGAAGUGGUUCCUGAGCAGAAAAAGCCGAGUAUGGCACAAGUGGACAAGCAUCUUCGAGUCUAUGAGUACUCCAAGGCUUUGGAUUACACACUCAAUGCGUACUUCGUGAAGAAAAACCCCCAUGUGACUGUAGCACUAAUCCAGGAGCUCAUCCGUCGCAAGGGUCUGGCCAGAGCCUUCUCUGGGCGCUCUCACAAGUCUCUCGCCCAGCUUCUUCGCUUCCUGAAUCACCACAUCAAUGAUUACCGCUUCACGCGAGUGUUAAUCGACGCUGUGAAUAUUCUGUUGGAUGUCUACGAAGAUUCCAUGCCCACAUUCUCAAAGACUGUUCUGGAUCUGUUCAGACAGCUGGCCAGGAAGCUCAAACAAGAGGAGAAUAUCACGUAUGCGUGUCUCCAAGUGCAGGGAUGCACGGAUUUGCUGAUAUCCAAUGCUUCUCACACAACCAGAAGCAGGAAAAUGUACAAAGACGAUCUUAAGCAGUCAGAGAGUGCGAAGAAACUUGACACAAUAAAUGUGUAUUGAGGCGAAUUCA